GUCUUCCGCGACUUCGAAUUUCGUAACUAACCCGCAGUCCACGUCAAUACCGCCAACAUGCGUACCUACGACGACUCCUUCUCCGGCCAGAAGAUCUACCCUGGCAAGGGCAAGCUCUACAUCCGUGGUGACAGCAAGAUCUUCCGCUUCCAGAACGGCAAGACCGAGUCUCUGUUCCUCCAGCGCAAGAACCCUCGCAAGAUCUCAUGGACCACCCUCUACAGGAGGCAGCACAAGAAGGGUAUCUCUGAGGAGGUUGCCAAGAAGCGCACCCGCCGCACCGUCAAGCACCAGCGUGCCAUCGUCGGUGCUUCCCUUGACGUCAUCAAGGAGCGCCGCGCUCAGCGCCCCGAGGCCCGCUCUGCUGCUCGCGCCGCCGCCAUCAAGGAGGGCAAGGACAAGAAGGCCGCUUCCGAGUCGGCGAAGAAGGCCGAGAAGGCUAAGAGCGCCGCUGCUGGUGCCCGUGGCCAGGCCUCCAAGAUCCAGUCGAAGCAGGGCUCCAAGGGCGCCGCCCCCAAGGUUCAGGCCAGGACCCGCUAAGCGCUCGUCUGAGUGCUGGGUUGGAGAUGGAAAUCAUGUGUGCAUGACCUUGGUUCAGCGGAUUUUUCGGGGUGACUCGGUGUUCCUUUAUUCUCUUCCGUCAAACACGGAAUCAUUGAAUGGGAUGGGAUGAUUUACACUCUUCGUGCUGGAGACAAACUCCGGCGUCGCCAUAGGGCAAAUGCAAUACUACAUCCUCACGAACACC